AUCAUAAUAAAAAUCACCACUAUCAUCAUCAUCAUAAUGAAAAACAACGUAAACAUUUACCAAUAUCAUCAUCGAGUUCAUUACCAUCAGUUAUUAUUGAUCGACUAUUUCGUGCAGCAUUAAAUGCAAGUAUUAUACCAACUGCCUAUCUUAAUCAAACAACAACAGCAACAACAAUUAUACCAACAAAUUUACAAUCGACUGAUUUACCGGGAUCAUUCACUAAUGAUAGUGAUAAUUAUUUUUUACUACAUAAACCAAAUGGUACUAUCUACAAUCAUCUUGUUGGUAAUGAUCAAUCAUCAGUCAUUAAUUCAGCGGUGACAAUAUUACCAUCAUUAUCAAAUAUGAUAGAUUCAAGUAUGGACACUGCCACAGCAAUGUUUACUACAACAAUCGAUUCGAUUGCAAAGAAUUUAUCAACUUCAUCGGUAGCUUCAAUAACAACAACAACCACUGCAAAUUCAUUACCAAUGAUGAUCAUCAAUAGUGAUAGUAAUGAUAUGAUUGAACCAUUGAUCAAUGAUUGGGUCGACAUUGUGAUUAUUGUGCUCAAGGUUUUGAUAUUGGGUACCAUAAUUUUUUCGGCCAUAUUUGGCAAUCUUCUUGUCAUUAUUGCUGUCUUCCGGCAUCAUCGUUUACGAAUUACUACCAAUUAUUUUAUUGUAUCAUUGGCAUUUGCCGACAUAUUGGUUGCGUUAUUUGCAAUGACAUUUAAUGCAUCGGUCGUCAUCAGCAACAGAUGGAUAUUUAAUACAUUAGUGUGCGAUUUUUGGAACAGUUGUGAUGUAUUAUUUUCAACAGCAUCAAUUAUGCAUCUAUCAUGUAUUAGUUAUGAUCGUUAUUAUGCAAUAAUAAAACCAUUGGAUUAUCCAAUGAAAGUGACCGGUAAACGUGUGGCAAUAAUGUUAACUUGUGUAUGGAUUCUAUCGGCAAUGAUCUCCUAUAUACCAGUGUUUACUGGAAUCUAUACCACAGCCGAAGCAAUGGAACAACGAAAAUUAUAUACCGAUCAAUGUGAUUGGAUUGUUAAUAUUCCAUAUGCAUUGAUAUCAUCUACAAUAUCAUUUUGGCUACCAUGUAGUAUAAUGUUAUGGGCAUAUUAUAAAAUUUACCGUGAAGCAAUCAAACAGGAAAAAUUCAUCUAUCGUACACAACAAAUGGCCAAUCAAACCAAUCAUCAUCAUCAUCAUCAUCAUCAUCAUCAACAUCAACAACAGCAUAAGAAUCGUCAUAAUAAUAAUGGUAAUAACAACAACAACAACAAUAAUAAUAAUAAUAAUAAUGAUAAUGCCGAUGAAGAUGGUGCAACCAGUAGAUUGAAUGCUCCAAAACAUUCAAAUACAUCGGAAAAUAAUGUCAUUCAGAUUCAAUCAGCACCGUCACAUCGAAAUUCACAUUGUGAUGCUGAUCCUGAAUCAGGUUCAUCAACACCGACCAAACGUACAAUAUCGAAAAUGAAACGCGAACAUAAAGCAGCUAAAACAUUAGGCAUCAUUAUGGGUGCAUUCAUUUUAUGUUGGCUACCGUUUUUUAUAUGGUAUGUUUUGAGCACCAUAACGAAUGCCGAAAUACCAAAAGUUAUCGUACAUAUCGUAUUCUGGGUUGGAUAUCUAAAUUCAGCUAUGAAUCCAAUUAUAUACGCCUAUUUUAAUCGCGAAUUUCGUGAAGCAUUCAAAGAAACAUUAAGGAAUAUAUUUUGUCGUUGUUGUCAUCUGAAAUGUUUGGAAUCACAAAGAAAUGAUGCUAUAUCAUUCAGCUGUACAUAUAGAUCAACCAUGGACGUUGGUCUAGUGGAGAAUAAAUAUGUCAAGGAUUGAAAAGCAACGAUUAAUGAAAUCGAUUUUAUUUGUUUCAACUACAAAAAACUAACUAUCAUUAUCGUUUUCUGAUGUGAUGUGUACGUGCAUCUGCUACAAGAUUGUCACUAAUCACGUUUUUAAAAGGCCAAAAUCAGAAAGAAAGAAAAAUUUUCAAUACUGUAAAAACAAGAAAAAGAUAAGGAUAGAUCCUUGAAUUUCUUUGAAUUUCAAUUUCAACGACGACAUAAAUGGAUACAAAGUCUCAAUAGAACCAAUCACCAACAAUAAUAAUAAGAUGACAAUUGGGGUGACAAGAAGAAAUAUUUACAAAACAAAAGAUUUUUGUAUUUAGAUAAAAUAUCAGACUAUAAUUGAACGAUUCGAACUGAAAAAAAAACAUAAAGUUCGAUUGUUUGAACAUGGACGCAACAAAAAAAAUUUCAUUGUUUUUGGUCAUUUUGUAUUUUAUGUGGCCGCUGGCGUGGAAUUUUCAUUUUCAUUUUUUUUGGAACACUCAACUUCCCCCAUGGCAAAGUUUUGUGUCUGUUUGUUAGCAACGACAACAUCUAGUCAAUUAAAUUAAUCUUUGGUUUUUUUUCAUUCUGUCUAUUCCAUUGUGAAUUCUUUACAACAACAACAAAAAACUAAUCUAACAACACACAUAAACGGAAACGGGAAUCCAAUAACGUUUUUUUAUCUACACUGAAUAAAUGAUUCACAAUUCGAAUUUUGAUGACAAAAAUGUUUGGCCGACUUAUCGAAUCCCAAGUUUUUUGACUAGAGAUUUCAUCAUCAUCAUCAUCAUCAUCAUCGUUAUUAUCAACAUAAAAUCUCACAAGGCACAUUGUUCUUAUUUUAUUUUUAUUUUUUCUAAAACACAUUUCUAUUGUAUUAUAAAUAUCAUUUUUAAUCGAUGAUUGAACAAACCAAAGGAAAUAAAAUGGAAAAAAAAGAGACAGAAAAAAAUUUAAAU